GGCUGGGUGGUGGUGGGGGCAGGGAGCUCCUGCAGGAAUCUCCCCCACCAGCCCCUGACAUCUGGGGUUUGUUGGCUCAGAUAGGCAGCAUCUAUGUCAACCAACCACGAGGGCAUCCACAGACUGGGCAGUGGGCCCCAGGCAGAGGGUGUGCACACGGAAUCCUAGGCAAUGUUCAUGCCAAGAGUGUUCCAUGAGCGGGGCAUACUCUUUGGCUACCGGCACCCGCAGAGUUCCGCCACUGCCUGCAUCCUCAGUCUCUUCCAAAUGACCAAUGAGACCCUCAACAUCUGGACCCACUUGCUACCCUUCUGGUUCUUUGCGUGGAGGUUUACAACGGCACUGUAUGGGACCGACAUCCAGAACGACAGCUACUCGUGGCCAAUGCUCGUGUACAUGGGCACCAGCUGCGUGUACCCCCUUGCGUCCAGCUGUGCGCACACCUUCAGCUCCAUGUCUAGGAAUGCCCGGCACAUCUGCUACUUCCUGGACUACGGCGCUGUCAACCUCUUCAGCCUGGGCUCAGCCAUCGCCUACUCGGCAUAUGCAUUUCCUGACGCGCUGCUGUGUACCACCUUCCAUGACUACUUCGUGACCAUGGCCGUGUUCAACACCAUCCUUAGCACCGGCCUCUCCUGCUACUCCAGGUUUCUUGAAAUCCAGAAUCCAGGGCUCUGCAAGAUGCUUCGCAUCCUGGCCUUUGCCUACCCUUACACCUGGGACUCCCUCCCCAUCUUCUACAGGCUCUUCCUGUUUCCAGGGGAGAGUGACCAGAACGAAGCCACCCUGUACCACCAGAAGCACACAGUCAUGACCCUGCUGGCCUCUUUCUUAUACUCCGCACACCUGCCCGAGCGCCUGGCCCCUGGACGCUUCGACUACAUCGGUCACAGUCACCAGCUGUUUCACGUGUGUGUGAUCCUGGCCACGCACUUGCAGAUGGAAGCCAUACUCCUGGACAAGUCGUCGAGGAAGGAGUGGCUGCUGGCCACCACCAGGCCCUUCUCUUUCCCGCAGAUAGCUGGAGCCAUACUUCUGUGUGUCAUCUUCAGCCUCGGCAACAUAAUUUAUUUCUCAGCUGCUCUGUAUCGAAUUCCUGAGCCGGAAAUACAUAAAAAAGAAACAUGAUUCAAA